CAUGUAGAUCGAAAGUGAGGGUAACCCGUUUCCUUCAAGAAACCAUUCCUACGAGAAUCCCUCUUUCCUAAACCGUCAACCAUCAAACCAACCAAAUAUGCCGCACGCAGAAGAAUAUACCGAGUUCACCCCCGAGCAGUAUCCGCCGUUUCCAGAAGGUCUAAACACCAUAGAUCUCCAAACAAUUUCUCUUCACAACAUUCAAAAUGGCGAUCAAGCCGAACAAAAUCGCAUGUUCGAAGCAUGCAAAAGCUGGGGAUUCUUCUACCUGGACCUCAGCGACUCCCAAGAAGGCCAGAUCAUCCACAAAGGCGCCGACGAAAUCGCUCGAGUGGGCGAAAAGAUCAUGGCAAUGCCAGUCGAAGAGAAGAUGAAAUAUUUGCCCCCUCCAGGCGAGAUCCUCGGCUACAAGAAAGUCGGACAAACCAUCGUAGACAAAAACAAGACACCCGACACCGCCGAAUUUUUCAACGUGGCCAAAGACGACAUGAUCGUGCCCGACGCCCAAAUGACGCGCACGUGGCCCAAACCUGUCAUGGACAACAAGGAGCUGUUUGCGAAGUACUGCAAAGCCGCGCAUUCCACCGGCAUGCAAAUCAUGGAUGUCUUGGCGAAGAAACUGGGGAUUGAUCCUCAGGAACUUCGCUCGAGACACACGAUUGAAGAACCCGCUGGCGACCAUGUUCGCAUCACGCGAGGUCCUCCCAGAAAAACGGCCGAAAUGCCAGAAAUUCAAACGCCCUCGCACACAGAUUUUGGAACCAUUACCAUCCUCAUGAACUGGCUCGGUGGACUGCAAGUCUACGGCUCUCCGAACCGCGUGCUCGGAAACUUGGAUUUCGACGACGAAGGUGCGCAAUGGAUGUGGGUGAAGCCCAAGCCUGGCUGCGCGAUCGUGAAUUUAGGAGAUGCGGCGGUGAAAUUCACAAACGGCGUGCUGUGUUCUGGAAGACAUCGGGUGAUCCCUUCGCCUGGUGAGCAAGGGAAGUGGCCUCGGUACAGUAUUGUGUAUUUUGUGAGACCGAUUGAUGCUUGUAAGUUGAAGACUUUGAAGGGUGAGGGUGUGCCGCAUGCGGAUGAUGCGGAUGAGGAGGGCAUUAAUUCGAAGGAGUGGAUCGCUUAUCAGGCGGACCGGUUGGCGGGUAAGGCGUAAUGAAGUGGAGCAUGUAUGGAUGUGUCAGGUAUGAUGAUUAUGAUUUGAUGUAUGAGGAGGUAUGGAGUCAUGGUAUUUCCAUGCCAAAAUGAACGCUUUUCGCUUAUUAGUCUCCGGACAAUGACACUUACACGGUCGAGGUCAUUAAAAGACUUUCUUGAUUGACUGGU